GUUACCAUGGGUGCACACUCUGCUAUCUGGCAAGGUUAUGUCGAUUCCAGUUUGAUGGGAUCCGGCCAAUUUGACAAAGCCGCAAUCCUCAGCCCCGACUUCUCUGGCGUCGAGGCUUCAUCCGCUGGCUUCUCGAUCACCCAACAAGAAAUCCAGGGCAUCGGAUCUGCUUUUGGUGACAGCACCUACGCCAUGCAGCACGGCUUCACAAUUGGUGGAGAGAAGUUCCUCGCCAUCAAGGCUGAUGACCGUAGUCUUUACGGAAAGAAGGGUAAGGAGGGUGCUGUCAUCGUCCGCACUGCCUCCUGCAUUAUGGUUGGCCACCACACUGAGGCCGUCCAGACCACAAACGCCGCUACUGCCAUUGAGCGCGUUGCUGACUACAUCAACGGUGCCAAAUAAGCGUUGCGGUGUUGCAUGUGGACUAGUCAUGGGAUCAGACAGACAAUAUGUUUGCCUAAUGUAAAUCACGAUGGUGGUGCUUUCUUACGUCUUCUACUCUCUUCUAUCUUCCAGCAUCUUGCAAACCCGUAAAUAUGUGCAAUAUGUACUCUUCUAGUACAGAAUGAAUCCUCGUGGAUGCUCUAACCUCUGUUAUGGGGUUCUAGUACUGAAACCUCAAUA